AGUACGUACACCUUAUACAGUCGAUGACGUACACCUGUAGUGGGCGGCGGGCGAACUGUCUGCAGAUCAUUGCGCUGCUGAAGGAGCUGGACUGCUUGUAACUACACCGCUGAAGGAGAAUCUACCAGGUGCAAUAAUGCAGCACUACACAAAGCCAGUGAAGGAGUUUGUGGAAGAACACCCUACAGGUGUCGCAGCUGUCCUGGUUACGGGUGUCGGGCUCUUUGUCUUUCGGAGAUGGCUGGCUGGGGGAGUCUGUCGCAGCAAGGCCCGCUUGGACGGCAAAACUGUUCUGAUAACAGGAGCCAACACUGGUAUCGGUAAAGAGACAGCGGUGGACAUGGCCAAAAGAGGUGCAAGGGUGAUCCUGGCUUGCAGAGACAUGGGCAGAGCCAACAGAGCAGCAGAUGAGGUCAGGAAGAGGAGUGGAAAUGGCAAUGUGAUUGUGAAGAUGCUGGAUCUGGCCUCCUUGCAGUCUGUCCGAGCUCUGGCCAAAGAUGUACAGCAGACUGAGGAGAGACUGGAUAUUCUCAUUAAUAAUGCUGGGAUAAUGAUGUGCCCACAGUGGAAGACAGAAGAUGGCUUUGAGAUGCAGUUUGGUGUGAACCACCUGGGUCAUUUUCUGCUUACUAACUUACUUCUGGACUUGUUGAAGAAAUCAGCACCCAGCCGUGUUGUCAGUGUUUCCAGCCUGGCCCAUGAGAAAGGCCAGAUUCAUUUUGAUGAUAUAAACCUGGAGAAAAACUAUGAUCCGUUAAUAAGUUAUCAACAGAGCAAGCUGGCAAAUGUUCUGUUUACCCGGGAACUAGCUGUCAGACUGAAAGGCACAGAAGUGACAACUUAUGCUCUUCAUCCUGGGGUGAUCCAUACUGAGCUGGGCCGACACUUUUUCCCCUCUCUGCCUCUAUGGAAAAGGCUUUUGUUCAUGCCCCUUUUUUUCUUUGUCAAAACACCUUGGCAGGGUGCGCAGACCACCAUCUACUGCGCAGUGAAUGAGAGUCUGCAGAAUACUAGCGGCCUUUACUACAGUGAUUGUGCACACAAAGAGGCAGCUCCUCAGGGUAGGGAUGAUGCUGCAGCCCGCAGACUGUGGGAUCUCAGUGCUUCCAUGGUGGGCCUGGCUUGAGACAAGACCUUGCCCAGUGAAAAUCACUCUCUUCAUUUAAAAAGCUGUUUGUUCCAUUUUCUGUGUUGAUUGUACAUUUCAAAUUAGCAGACUAUUAAAUCUGCUUAAUUCAUAUAAAGUACGGAGAGUCAGUUUAAGAAUGUAGCAAAGUAGUGUUUCAGUGUGCAGGAUGAAGCUGGCUCUGUAACAAAGUGCCUGUGCAAUAAGAUGAACUGCAAUAUGAAGUGUGCAUUUCAGCAUUAAUAAUAUAAUUAUUAUAAUAAUUAUAAUAAUUAUAUUAUAAAUAAUUAGUGAGAUUUUAUAUACUGCAAUGCCAUAAGCCAUUGUGCAUAGCUUAAUUAGACAUUUGAUCUUCCUUUUAAAAAUAGAUUUCAUUGCCAGUAGGCUACUUAUGUAAUUUGUUACAAUGUAUCACAAUAAAAUGAUAUG